UUUCAGGCCUCCUCCUGAUUUCUCAGUCCAAGCCAUCCCUUUCUACACUCUGCAUAUUCCUCUUCUAUUUCUAUUCUUCUUUCUCUUUGCCCUGUGUGCAAUUUUGCCUAUGCAGAACAAGAGAAGAAAAUCAUGGAGCUUGGUCUGAGAUUAGGAGACUCUUCAACUUCAAACCUUGGUGAAGCUUCCAAUAAUCAACUGGAUUUAGGCUUCAACACCACCUUAUCAAUUGGUCCAAUCACAACUUCACACAAACAAGAAGAAACUAAGCCCAAAAAGGACAAUAACAACAACAGUCAGAGAAAUCAAGAUCACCAUGAAGAAACAAGUCAGGCAAACAACAACCCUGUCCCCCAACAGCUUGAUCUUCUUCCUCUUCUCUCCUUUCCAUGGCAUCCAGCUUCUGAAAAUGGGACUUUAUCAGCUGAGUUGGGGGGCUCUGGAAGGACCAUGAACGUGCUGCCUGCGGCGGCGGUGGUGGAGGAUGAGGCGGAGGAAGGGGCGGCGCUGUCAUCAUCGCCUAACAGCGCAGCGUCUUCAUUUCAGAUGGAUCUGUGCAUGUACAGCAGAGGAGGUAGUGGUGGCGGUGGUGGUGGGAGUUUCAGUGGUUCAGGUGGGAAGAGGGACUCUGAUGGUGAGGCUUAUGAUGAAGAUGAAAACGGUGGGGGUGGUGGUGGAAAUAGCACCAGGAAGAAGCUUAGGCUCUCUAAGGAACAAUCUGCUUUCCUUGAAGAGAGUUUCAAAGAACACCACACUCUUAACCCUAAACAAAAACUUGCCCUUUCAAAACAACUCAAUCUACGCCCUCGACAAGUAGAAGUCUGGUUCCAAAACAGAAGAGCAAGGACUAAGCUGAAGCAGACAGAAGUGGACUGUGAAUAUUUGAAGAGGUGUUGUGAGACACUGACAGAGGAGAAUAGAAGGCUUCACAAAGAGCUUCAAGAAUUGAGGGCUUUGAAGAAAUCAAACCCAUUCUACAUGCAAUUACCAGCCACCACCUUGACCAUGUGCCCAUCUUGUGAACGUGUCGCCACAAAUCCAACAUCGAAUGGCACCAAUAAUGUUAAUACUAAUAACAAUAAUACCUCAGCCACAGCCAAUAAUACCAGCAAUGACUCCAAUUCCAAAGCCAUUGGAUUCCCAUUUGGCAGCAAACCCAGGUUUCUUCCAUUUGCUCACACCAGUCCACAGCAUCUUGAAUUGAAUUGAUUAUACUGCCCAAGGUGUCAAAGUUCCAACACUAAUAUUGCUGAAGCUUGGAAAUUGAUUUCAUUUUGUAUAUAGGGGAAGUUUUGAUUAUCGAUUUUUUUCUGUCUUUUCUUUAGUUUUUUGGGGUUGGUAUAGAAUUCUAAUAUCUUAGUUUAAUUUUUAUAGUUUGAAUCUCUCUUCAGUCUUGAUAUUCCUUCUACCUCGAGUUUUAUUGAUGGUGAAUAAAAAAAAGCAGAAUUAUAUGUUAGACAGUAAAGAUAUAUAUAGUUAAUAUGUAAUGAAUUUAUUUUUUGAUGUUUAGAUAGAAA